UACAGUGUGGACACCGCACACGUGUGUGUACAGUGCAGAGAGACAGUAACAGACACACACAGAGACAGAGAGACACACACAGAGACACACACAGAGAGACAUACAGAGACACAGAGAGACAGAGACACAGAGAGACAGAGACACACAGAGAGACAGAGACGCACACAGAGACACACAGAGAGAGACACAGAUACACACAGAGACACACACAGAGAGACACACAGAGAGACACAGAGACACACACAGAGAGACACACAGAGAGACACAGAGACACACACAGAGAGACACACAGAGAGACACAGAGACACACACACAGAGAGACACACACACAGAGAAACACAGAGAGACACAGAGACACACAGAGACACACACAGAGACACAGAGACAGAGAGAGAGCGAGUGAGACGAUGGGUAAAGACAAGAAGAAGAAGAGAAAGGCGGCGGCAGCAGGAGGAGGAGGGCAGAAGGCGAUCGAGAAGAACGUCGCCAAGAUGGAGAAGAAAGUGACCAAACACUCGCGUCGCGACGAGGAGGACUUGGAGGCGCUGAUUUCAGAGCUGCGUGCUCUGGAUGCCAAGAAGACGCAGGUGGUGGACAACCCGUGCCCUCCUCCAUCUCCCAGAGUGAACGCCUCGCUGGUCGCCCACCCCGAGCGUGAGGAGCUGCUCCUCUUCGGAGGGGAGUACUUCAACGGGCAGAAGACGUUCCUCUACAACGACCUGUUUGUCUACAACAUCCGCAAGAACUGCUGGAGUCACGUGCACAUCCCCAACCCGCCACCUCGGCGCUGCGCUCACCAGGCGGUGGUGGUGCCGCAGGGUGGUGGGCAGAUGUGGGUGUUUGGGGGCGAGUUUGCCUCUCCUGACGGAGAGCGCUUCUAUCACUACCGCGACCUCUGGGUCCUGCACCUGGCACAGCGACGCUGGGAGGAGAUCCGGGCUCCUGGAGGGCCUUCCAAGCGGAGUGGCCACCGCAUGGCGGCCUUCAAGCGUCAGCUCGUCGUGUUCGGGGGAUUCCACGAAUCGUCGCGGGACUACGUGUACUAUAACGACGUCUUCAUCUUCGACUUGGACUCGCUGACCUGGCUGCGCCCGCACGUCUCGGGCACCCCGCCGUGCCCCCGCUCUGCCUGCCAGAUGUGGCCCACGCCGCCAAUGCCCACGCCACCACCACCACCCACCAUCGUCGUCAUCGUCAUCAUCGUCAUCCAGCAGCGGAGCAGCAGCCGCCAACACGCCUGGCCUGCUUGUCUACGGGGGGUACAGCAAGAUGAGAGUGAAGCGUGAUGUGGACAAGGGCGUGGCGCACACAGACAUGUUCCUGCUGAGCCCUGACACCAAGGAAGGCUGGUGGCGCUGGUCCCGCGUGAGCACCCUGGGCUCCCGUCCCAGCGCCCGCUCCGGCUUUGCGGUGGCUCCGGGCGGCCCCGGCGGGCGGGCGCUGCUGUUUGGGGGCGUCCGGGACGACGAGGAGGGCGGCGACGA